GUCAAUGUAUUAUUUCAGUGCUGGAAUACAGACCCAAAACAACAAAUGGAGCUAUAAUGGGCCCAUAGGGUUCUGGUUCAAAAGUAGUGCACUAUGUAGGGAACAGGUUGCCAUUUGGAACAUAAACUGUAACUGGUGACUUAGUCUCUUCCUGUGUUCCAGAACCCUAAUUUUCCUAUAGCUUCUGAACACUACCUCACAGCUGGGUCUUUGAUUGACAGCUGUUCCGCCCACUCCGGUGGGAGUGUGUAGUGAUUAUGACCAUAUAUGGAAUUUCAAUCCUCUCUCUUUCCUACUUCCCCUGAGGUGUGGGUGCGUUGUCAGGUGAGUAAUCAGCCUAGUGGCCAUGAAUCAGAUGACACACACACGGUUUGAUCCUGUGAUUCACACACUACAUGUUGGAUCACAGUCAGUGGCACACCACAUCCUAACAGAGCAAGACCGUUCUGCCUCGUGUGUGUGUGUGGUAGAUGUGGUAGAGACAAAGGGAUAGGAUAAUUAUCUGAGUGGUAAAAAACCUGGGACGAAGAAAAACUCAGUGCUCACACCCUUGUUUACAUCCCAAACACACACACAUACCACAUUCCUCUGGAUACCAAAGGAGCGACACGAGUACUAUUCAAAUAACUCUUGUAUAUUAAAUUACAAGUUUGUAUUGUACGUUUUUGAUCCUGUGAUUCACACACUACAUGCUGUGUCACACAAACCAAACUGACCCUCACAACAGACCAAACUAACCGACACAACUGACCCUCACAACAGACCAAUCUGACCCUCACAACAGACCAAACUAACCGUCACAACAGACCCUCACAAAAGACCAAACUGACCCUCACAACAGACCAAACUGACCCUCACAACAGACCAAGCUGACCCUCACAACAGACCAAACUAACCGUUACAACAGACCCUCACAACAGACCAAACUGACCAUCACAACAGACCAAACUAACCGUCACAACAGACCAAACUAACCGUCACAACAGACCAAACUAACCGUCACAACAGACCAAACUGACCCUCACAACAGACCAAACUGACCCUCACAACAGACCAAACUGACCCUCACAACAGACCAAACUGACCCUCACAACAGACCAAACUAACCCUCACAACAGACCAAACUGACCCUCACAAACAGACCAAACUAACCGUCACAAAAGACCAAACAGAUUUCUAGUUGCAAUACAUCUUAAUCUGUUUAUGUGUAUAUAAUAGUCUAAUGUGCCUGAUUUUAGUUCUGAGCGCUGAGAUUACCACACGCACACGAGUAGUUGGAUAUACCAAUUAGUACAGUGUAACAACAGUUGCUAUAGCAUCAAUCUAGUUAUGUGUGUUUGUGAGUCGCUCUGGAUAAGAGCGUCUGCUAAAUGACUUAAAUGUAAAUGUGUGUACUAUAUAUCUAAAGAGAACAUGUUGAUUAUGUAAGACCUACUCAGGCUUUUCCGUGCAACAGUUAGUAUGAUCGUCAUGAUUGUUCAGAACUAACUACAGUACUGGGUAUUUAUGUGUCUCAGUGGAUACAUUCCUACACAGUGCAUUACUUUUGACAAGAGGGCCCUAAUGUAAUUAUCUCUUGUAUUCCCUAUCUAUCUGUGUUUGUGUCCGUGUGUACGUCAACCAGUCCUCCAUCAGGCUUGUGAGUGUCAGAGAGAUAGUGUGGGUGUUUCUUUUUUUUCCUCUGAUGACAGCAAGUUCAGGCAGGGUGUGUGACGGAGGAGAAGAUAUGAGAAGAGUUCCCAAAGCAACAGGCACUCAGAACACAUAGAGAAGAUCACCCAGGAACACAGAGGCACAGAGACACGGCAGCUUUAAAGACAUAAAAACAGCAACAGAGAGAUACGUUGCAUCGCGAAGGAGAAGAGAAGGAGAGAGACAAAAGAAAGAGAAGAGAGAGAAAGAGAAGGAGAGAAUAAAAAAAAUAAAAGAUGGCGAUCGGAAAGAGUCCCAGAAACGGUUCCGUCAGGUCUCCAAAGUACCUGGACAAGAGUUCUGGGUUCUACGGUCGCCUGGAUGAGCCCGAGAUGGGAGGAGAGGAGGAGGAGAGGGGGAGAGAGGAGGACUGGGGGGGAUCGUACCCAGCCACAGAGCUCUCUAAGGGGGGAGAGACGGACCAGGGAGAGCCUGGGGUGUUUGACUUCAACCAGGGAAUGAUGGGAGAUGACGACACCACUCUCCUCCGAAGGAAACCCAGCCGGCUCAGCUCCCGCUGGAGAAGAAGCUCCAGGAAGGCCAAACCCCAGGCGAUCUCCCCUAGGCAGGGGGACCAGAUUCUGGGUACGGAGAUGGAGGCCCCUGUCCUGGAGGUCACCGCGGUGGAAGUGAGAAGGAGCCGCUGGGGGAGGAGCACCGGGAAGAAACAGGGGGCCGAGCCCCAGACGGUCUUCCCCAGGGAGGAGGGCCCGAUCCUGGGUACGGAGAUGGAGACGCAGACCCCUGUCCUGGAGGUCCUGGAGGUGGAGGUGAGGGUAGAGACUGAAGAAGGACAGAGGGAGAAAGAGAGGAGAACAGAAGAGGAGAGGACGCUGGUCCACUUUGCGAGCCGAGAAGAAGCGGAUGACCAGGUUCUGAUAAAGGACAAGAAGAGAGGGAGGGAAGAAGAGAAGGAGGAGGAGAUGAAGGGACAGGAGGAAAUGAAGGUGAUGAGGAAGAGAAGCACGCUGAAGAACUACCGCAAGACUUUCGACCGAGUGUUCCGUCGAGGGUGGGAGACCUUCGUCACUAACCUGUACAGCGUGACGCUCACACCUGACUCACCACCAUCAAGGGAAAUGCACCAUUCCUCAGCAUUAGCAGAAUACAGAUAGGAUUCACAAACCUGUUCAUCUAAUCUGUAAACUGCAAUUGUUCCAAUCAGGUUAUGUAACGCCCAUAUUGUAAUUUGAGAUUGAGGCUGGCUUGGACAGAGUGUUCCGUUUGUGUUCUCAACGCAAAUGACCUGUGUUCACCUCAAUGUAUGGUUCAGUUGAUUAAUCAAUCAGUGAUAUUGAUCUAGUACAUACUGGUUUAUCAAUGAUCAAUAUGAACAGCACACGAUUAACACCAGGAAGUACACAAAGUUUAACUCAUUCUUAUUCUGAAUUCCAAAUAGCACACUAUUGUACAAGUGCACUAAAUAGGGAAUGGGUUUAAUACUUCCUCACAGGGUGAGGUUCAACCUCUCUGGAGGACCGUCUGUAUUGUGGUUUCAGUGUUGUGCAACCUGAGGGAUGUUUCACUAUCCAUGUGCCUAUUGAACGUAGCCCAAGACGAGACCUGAUAACGUAUGUUUCACUAUCCAUGUGCCUAUUGAACGUAGCCCAAGAUGAGACCUGAUAACGUAUGUUUCACUAUCCAUGUGCCUAUUGAACGUAGCCCAAGAUGAGACCUGAUAACGUAUGCUUCACUAUCCAUGUGCCUAUUGAACGUAGCCCAAGAUGAGACCUGAUAACGUAUGUUUCACUAUCCAUGUGCCUAUUGAACGUAGCCCAAGAUGAGACCUGAUAACGUAUGUUUCACUAUCCAUGUGCCUAUUGAACGUAGCCCAAGACGAGACCUGAUAACGUAUGUUUCACUAUCCAUGUGCCUAUUGAACGUAGCUCAAGAUGAGACCUGAUAACGUAUGUUUCACUAUCCAUGUGCCUAUUGAACGUAGCUCAAGAUGAGACCUGAUAACGUAUGCUUCACUAUCCAUGUGCCUAUUGAACGUAGCCCAAGAUGAGACCUGAUAACGUAUGUUUCACUAUCCAUGUGCCUAUUGAACGUAGCCCAAGACGAGACCUGAUAACGUAUGUUUCACUAUCCAUGUGCCUAUUGAACGUAGCCCAAGACGAGACCUGAUAACGUAUGUUUCACUAUCCAUGUACCUAUUGAACGUAGCCCAAGAUGAGACCUGAUAACUAUGUUUCACUAUCCAUGUGCCUAUUGAACGUAGCCCAAGAUGAGAACUGAUAACGUAUGUUUCACUAUCCAUGUGCCUAUUGAACGUAGCCCAAGACGAGACCUGAUAACGUAUGUUUCACUAUCCAUGUACCUAUUGAACGUAGCCCAAGAUGAGACCUGAUAACGUAUGUUUCACUAUCCAUGUGCCUAUUGAACGUAGCCCAAGACGAGACCUGAUAACGUAUGUUUCACUAUCCAUGUGCCUAUUGAACGUAGCCCAAGACGAGACCUGAUAACGUAUGUUUCACUAUCCAUGUGCCUAUUGAACGUAGCCCAAGACGAGACCUGAUAACGUAUGUUUCACUAUCCAUGUGCCUAUUGAACGUAGCCCAAGACGAGACCUGAUAACGUAUGUUUCACUAUCCAUGUGCCUAUUGAACGUAGCCCAAGACGAGACCUGAUAACGUAUGUUUCACUAUCCAUGUGCCUAUUGAACGUAGCCCAAGACGAGACCUGAUAACGUAUCAAUCAAUCAAUCAAUCAAUUUUAUUUUAUAUAGCCCUUCGUACAUCAGCUAAUAUCUCGAAGUGCUGUACAGAAACCCAGCCUAAAACCCCAAACAGCUAGUAAUGCAGGUGUAGAAGCACGGAACGUAUGUUUCACUAUCCAUGUGCCUAUUGAACGUAGCCCAAGACGAGACCUGAUAACGUAUGUUUCACUAUCCAUGUGCCUAUUGAACGUAGCCCAAGAUGAGACCUGAUAACGUAUGUUUCACUAUCCAUGUGCCUAUUGAACGUAGCCCAAGACGAGACCUGAUAACGUAUGUUUCACUAUCCAUGUGCCUAUUGAACGUAGCCCAAGACGAGACCUGAUAACGUAUGUUUCACUAUCCAUGUGCCUAUUGAACGUAGCCCAAGACGAGACCUGAUAACGUAUGUUUCACUAUCCAUGUACCUAUUGAACGUAGCCCAAGACGAGACCUGAUAACGUAUGUUUCACUAUCCAUGUGCCUAUUGAACGUAGCCCAAGACGAGACCUGAUAAGAGACCUGAUAACGUAUGUUUCACUAUCCAUGUGCCUAUUGAACGUAGCCCAAGUGUGUUGUUUGUUUCAUAAAAGGAGAACGUUUUCAUACCAUGAAAUUAACUAACUAUGGGGGACAUGAGGGUACGAAAUAACAGUCUCAGACUUUGGUCCUCUGACUUUGUCUAAAAGGAGGUUGCGCACACAAACACAUUUAAUAAAUUAUUUAUUAAUAUUAAUUUAUUUACUAUAUGAUCACUUUUCACACUUUUCUGUGGAAUCUCUCUCAAUAAUAUCUUACCAAAGAGUUUAUUUAUUGUUAAUUAUUGGCUUAAAUGGCAACAUCCAAUCUCUCUCUUGCAGCAUUGAAGUCAAGCUCAGAAUCAUAUGAGAGCUAUACUGAGCUAGUGGAGGAAAAAAAUGUCUAUAUUGUAUGUGAAUGACUAAAUUGUUAUGAUAUUUGUUUAAAAAUCAAUGCUUUGAUUUACUUUUGCCAACUUGUAGCCUUUGUCCUAAAAUAAAAUAUGCUUUACAAUAA